CCAUUUCAGGUCCAUGCAAGGCAGGAUCACAGCACAAGCAUUCGGUUUUGACCAGCAGUUUAAGCCCUACCAAAAGGAUGAAUUUGUUAUGGCAUUUUUUAACGAUCAGAAUGUGAACUCCAGUUUAAAGUUGCUCUCAGCUUCAGGACAAUGGACUGCAUUGGGUUCCAAAGUGACAAAAAUUGAAGCUACAGUAGUGCCCUGUACACAGAUUUCCAUGUCAUUUUUUGAUCGGUUAUACUCUGAAGGAGUUGUUAGAGAAACUGGAGAUAUUGUGAAAUGUUAUGAUGACCAUUACGAUGAUAUUCUCAUCUCUGAUGAAUUAAGAAAGGUCUUGCUUCUGGAAGAUUCAGACCAUUAUGACUUAUUCAGUCAGUUGGAUCGCACAGAAUUUCUGUUCUGUCUUUUUAAGCAUCUUUGCAUUGGAGGAGCUCUUUGCCAGUUUGAAGAUGUAAUUGGCCCAUACUUAGAAACUACAAAAGCAUUAUAUAAAGACUUGGUGAGUGUUCAAAAGAAUCCUGAAACAAAAGAAAUACAUGUUAUUUCUACAGUCUUCAGAGUGUCUGCAUAUGAUGAUAGUGGUCUAUGUUACCCUUCAAGCAAAAUCCAUGAACAGACUUUUGCCUACUUGAUCGUGGAUCCCUGCAAGCGACAUGUGCACACUCUGUAUCACUGUUUUGGUGGAAGCUUAUUUAGUAACUAG